AUGGGCGUUUCUCCCCUCCGGGACGUCUCCGAUGACUCGGAGUACCUGAACUCGCUCGGUGUCAAGCGCACGGCCGAGGUCAAGCGUGACGCGCGCAUCGGCGAGGCCGCGGCCAACAGCUACGCCAAGUGCCGGCAGGACACGGCGGUCCUCAAGUCCAAGGAGGCCACCGACAAGGCGGAGACCGCCAUCCGCGAGGCGGAGAUGAAGUUCCGCACGCAGAAGGCCAAGUACGAUGCCGAGGUGGCGGCCGAGCGGGCCAAGGCCAGCAAGGCCGGCGAGCUGCAGACCGCGCGUACCAUGCAGGAGGUGGAGCAGGCCAACAUCGAGAUCGAUGCCAUCGAGCGCCGGCAGCAGAUUCUCCUGGAGGAGGCGGAGGUCGAGCGCCAGCACCACAUCCUCCAGGCCAAGGUCCACCGCGUGGCCGAGGCCAACCUCUUCCGCGAUGAGCAGAUGGCCGAGGCGCACUACAACUCCACGCGCCUGCUGACCGAGGUGGCGGCCCACUCGCUCCUGGUCACCGGUGAGGCCGAGGCCGAGGUCAUCCGCAUCAAGGGUCAGGCCGAGGCCGAGGCGCUGGCUCUCAAGGCCAAGGCGUGGGCCAGCUACCCGCGCGGGGCGCACAUCGAGCAGCUUGUGCAGACCCUGCCGGAGAUUGUGGAGGCCGUGUCCAAGCCCCUGAGCAAGGUGGAGGACAUUACUCUGGUCAGCUCCGGCGGGGCGGACGCCGACAUCGGUGCUGCCCGCCUGACCGGCGAGGUGGUCCGCAUUGUGGGCCAGCUCCCGACCCUGGUCCAGGGCCUGACCGGCGUGGACAUUGCCAACACCGUGAGCGGCGGCGCCAAUGCCUCCGCCCGCGGGGGAGCGCGCCACUGA